AUGGCGCAUAUAAGCAACAGAGUGCUUACUGCAGGCGCAUGCUCUUUUAUACUCAUUUCUAUACUUCCGAAGCUAGACGCAAGUGUAAACUUGUACAGCCUUCUGGCCAUCGUUUGCACCUCCUACUGGGUGGGGGAGACGCCCUUCAAGUCCCUUAUUGUGCUGUACUUUCUUCUCAACUCACACGACAUAUUCUUUAUUAUGCACAGGGGACACGUGCUUCUUCUGCACUCGUUUCUCCACUGCACGGACAUCCCCAUUCUGACCGACGUCUCGCACGGAAGGGCGCUGUACAGGAGCAUCAAAAGCAAAAGCGUGAUUCCCAUAUGCAUUUCAAUGGCGAUAACAGCUGGCUGGGCAUGCUUUGUGUACCGCCAAGAAGGCAUUGGGAGCACGCCUCUGAUGUCAUCUUCUGUUAUUUCACUGCACUCAAACUCUGUGUACAUGUCUACUAUGCAGGACUACUAUGGGGCGUCGCAGAACAAGCAUGGCAGCGGAAACCGGAGAGUUGUAGGCGUGCCCAAAAAGAGCCUGACCACCGAGUGGAGGAUACUUUUGGACGGGGGAAACCCCCUCCCAACCCUGCGCAUAACCAGUGGAUCCUAUGUUUAUCUUCAGGAUGUGCGAACAGGAGAAUACCUGCACACCUUCGACGUGGCCUCCCCCCUAACUACUUCAAACCAGGAGGUCUCCACCGUUCCUACGCACAGCAGCAACAACAGGUUCGUCAUAAUAAACAAAGAAGGUGACAUCAGCAGAAAAACCCCCAUGCAUAGCGACGAAGACUUUUAUCUGAAACACGUAGACACCGGCGUCUUUCUUCGGGUGCUGAAGAGAAAUGUCCCCGGCGGGUAUGAGAUAAACGGGCAAAAAGAGGCAGGAGGAAGCAAGCACAUAGGCGGAAGAAACUGUCUGUGGACAGGAAUAGAGAUGGAAGCGAAUCCGAGCGCGGCCGCCCGCAUAAAAAAGGCUGCAGCGCAUGUCUACAAGUGUGUGAAAAUGCACAUGCUCUCCACGAAGGCAGAAAAAAAGCAGGAAAGCGCAGAGCGAAAGGCCCGUGUAGGAAUAUACCAAUACAUAUACAGCCACAAUAUGGUGCUCUACGGGCUUUUGUUUCUGCUGUCUGCAGCCCGCGGGCUGUGCCUAGGCGGACAUCUCUUGGAGCAGACCUGCUCCUGCGCGCUAGAUCUUUUGGAAAGCGUAAUUCUCGGGAAGAAUGUGCAGGAAGUUCUGUACUCUGCAGGGAUAAUAGGCAUACGAAAGGGAAUACACAUACAUAUGCUUGUGCGCGAGUUUGCUGGCCGAAGAAAGAUAAAAAAUGAAUAA